UUGUCAGACAAGAUCUAUUUGCAGAAGAGUCAAAGCACAAAAAUCUUAUCAUGAUUGAAUUUUUAUUUUCUUUUGAAAGAUUAUUGUAAUCUUAAAGAUGCAGGCUGUAAAGUCCUCUUAUAAGCUACAUUUUACAAAGUGUCUGUCGAGAAUGGCAGGGAAAGAUGCGAAGGUGGAAUCAAAGUCAACAGACGUGGUAAGGCAAGGAUUUAUGGUUAAACGUUCUCAAAACAAAAAACGUUUCACUCCUGUUAACUACAAGCAACGUUGGUUUGUACUGACUCGUCGUCAUCUCGUGUACUAUGAUAGCGAUAGCGAGCGGCGCAAAGAACGAGGUCGUAUUGCGAUUGAAACGGUCCAUGUGGUAGAAACAGCAAAUCUUGGUAAUAAUCCUGGAUGUGGGAGUGGGAAUACAAAAAUAGAUACAACUGGUAAUGACUUAGGUAGUAGCGGAGGUAACGUACCACCAGGACUACCAUUCCAGAUAGGAUAUCGAGAAGCUGGACAAGAGUACACUCUUUACCUUCUUGCUGCUAGGGAGCAAGAUCGAUCGGAAUGGAUACGUGCUAUCCGCGCUGUAUGCUGUGAAAAUCCAGGUUUAAGCGAUCGUUAUCACGUGGGCUUGUGGAGUGGAAAACGUUGGUCCUGUUGCCGUUUGUUAACGCGGUCCGCCGAAGGUUGCGAUACAUGCAGUUCUUGGUCUAUGAAUGUGACAAACGCUCCAGCGUGUCCGCUUCGAACAAUAACUUCUGCUACGGGAAAUGUCACUGCUUCGAUUGUCAAUCCAUCAGCGGAUUCUACGAUUCAAACGGCGGCAAACGCUGAAACGAACAACAAUCCGAUCAUUCAACCGCAGGCGUGUUCUACGUUCGGUACUCCUUCAACUCCAAUAAUGCCUGGUGGAACUCCUGGUACUCCAUCUUCUAAAAAUAAAGACAAAAUAGUCACAAGGGCCAAGGUUGUGGUGGCUUUAUAUCCUUUCCGUGCAAUAGAAGCUGGAGAUCUUUCUCUUGAAAAGGGGGCAGAAUAUGAGGUAUUAGAUGAUUCCCAGGAACAUUGGUGGAAGGUGAAAGACGAGCACGGAUCAAUUGGCUAUAUUCCUAGUAACUAUGUCAAAGAAAAAGAACUCUUAGGAUUGCAAAAAUAUGAAUGGUAUGUGGGUGAUAUGUCAAGACAACGAGCGGAAUCUUUAUUGAAACAAGAAGAAAAGGAGGGAUGUUUCGUCGUUCGUAAUUCUUCAACGAAAGGUCUUUAUACACUUUCACUUUAUACAAAAAUUCCACAUCCGCACGUAAAACACUAUCAUAUAAAGCAAAGUUCGCGAGGAGAAUUCUACCUCUCGGAGAAGCAUUGUUGCAGUUCGAUUCCUGAUCUUGUGAAUUACCAUCGACAUAAUAGCGGGGGACUCGCGAGUCGAUUAAAGACGAGUCCUUGCGAUAGACCAGUUCCACCUACCGCCGGCCUCAGUCAUGAUAAAUGGGAAAUAGAUCCGGCAGAACUACAUCUACUGGACGAAUUAGGCUCCGGUCAAUUUGGAGUGGUACGAAGAGGAAAGUGGCGUGGUUCUAUCGACGUUGCUGUGAAAAUGAUGAAAGAGGGAACUAUGUCCGAAGAUGAUUUUAUAGAAGAAGCAAAAGUCAUGACGAAGCUACAACAUCAAAAUCUCGUCCAACUGUAUGGUGUUUGCAGUAAAGACAGACCGAUAUACAUUGUCACAGAGUAUAUGCGGCAUGGAUCUCUUCUCAACUACCUCCGUCGUCACGAAACUACGUUAGGUGCAAAUGUUGGUCUUCUGUUGGAUAUGUGCAUACAGGUCUGUAAAGGAAUGGCAUAUUUGGAGAGACAUAACUAUAUCCACAGAGACCUUGCAGCACGCAAUUGCUUAGUUGGAUCUGAAAACGUAGUGAAAGUGGCCGAUUUCGGUUUGGCAAGAUAUGUCCUAGAUGAUCAGUAUACCAGUAGCGGGGGUACUAAAUUUCCAAUUAAAUGGGCACCGCCAGAAGUGUUGAACUAUACUCGAUUCAGUUCUAAAUCGGACGUCUGGGCGUACGGGGUACUGAUGUGGGAAAUUUUUACCUGUGGAAAAAUGCCUUACGGUCGUCUCAAGAAUACCGAGGUCGUCGACCGAGUUCAACGUGGAAUUAUAUUAGAAAGACCGAAGGCUUGCUUCAAAGAAGUUUACGAGGUAAUGCGGAAGUGUUGGGCACACUGUCCGGAAGUCCGACCUUCUUUUCGCGUUCUUAAGGAACAGCUCAUUAGCGUUUCUCAAGGCCUUCUCAAUGAUUGACUCAACCUUCUCCGGUGUAUGCGCCUUUCUUCACCCUCUGGCCGAUCAAUACAAUACAUAAAGUCUCCAUCGUCAUUGGAGCAAUCGACUUCUGUUCUAGCAUCCUCUAAUUCAUCGUGCAAUUCUUCGACAUUACCUUCAUCACACAAAACUCGUGCACCGGCCUCUUUGCCUUCCUCGGUCAACUUCCUACAUCAAUCAUCGACCAUAUCUAGACCAGAAGAGGAAGAAUCAUCUUCGCAAAGCACGACUCAUCACUUGGCUAGUCAACCAUCCGCAAGUUCAUCUAACGUUUGCGACAUCUGCAGUUCUUAUGGACAUCCGUGGAUAGAACUUUGCAAGGCAAUACGGGCUACUAAAGAUAAAUGAACAUUUUCGUUUAUUUGUAAUAUAGUGACUACACGUCGUUUUUGCUUUAUAAAAUGCUUAAAUACAAGCUGCCCUCUGUUUUUAGUCUUCACAACGAGAAAAUUAGAGUAAAAUUGGAAGGAAAUUGAGGAAUAAAUAAUAAAAAAAGAAUGCGUGUAAAGACGGGGUUCUAAAAAGCUUCUUUACUGAAAUAUCGCUAUUAAGACAGGAAUUAGUUGUACGUUUGAAACAUCUUAUAUUACAAUAAAUGUUUAAGAUAUAAGCGA